ACUUCAAUCAGAAAUGGCAUCUUCACCCAUGCCCAUGGAUUCCUUGACCAUUGAUGAAAUCUGGAAAGACUUUCGUAACAACGGUGUCACCGUAGAGAUGGACGAGUUCGAUUGGAUACAAUUUAACUCUCGUCGGAGAUUUAUCAAUUCGAGCGAGGAACCCAUCACAGAGGAGGAUAUAGAAUUCCAAGAGGAGUUGGACAAGAUUCGAUUGUCACUGAGACGCCGGAAACCUCUGGGAAACAAAAAGCAUUGCGUCUUCUGCAAAAACAACAAGGAAGACGUGAAGGUAUAUGCGACCCACCUUCUGAAACACGCCAACGGAGAUGUCAUUUGUCCGAUCCUGAAAAAGUGAGUUUCCUACAUUUUAUUUCUUUUGCAAACCAUACCCC